UGUGGUUGGGGGGGGGCCGCGCGGUUGCGCUGCGCUCGGCUGCUGUGGGGAUGGACCUGGGGGCGCUGCGGGGGAGCUACCGCGGGGACGCGGAGGCCUUCGAGGAGCAGCACCUGGCCUCCCGCGACCCCAUCCAGCAGUUCGGGGUCUGGUUCAAGGAGGCCGCGGGGUGCCCGGCCGUGGGGGAGGCCAACGCCAUGUGCUUGGCCACCUGCACCAGGGACGGGAAGCCAUCGGCCCGCAUGGUGCUGCUGAAGGGCUUCGGGCAGGAUGGCUUCCGCUUCUUCACCAACCACGAGAGCCGUAAGGGGAAGGAGCUGGACGCCAACCCCUUCGCUUCGCUCGUCUUUUACUGGGAGCCCCUCAACCGACAGGUACGGAUCGAGGGCUCGGUGAAGCGGCUGCCGGAGGAGGAAUCAGAGCGGUACUUCCACUCCCGCCCCAAGAGCAGCCAGAUCGGGGCCCUCGUCAGCCGGCAAAGCACCGUCAUUCCGGACAGGGAGUAUUUGAGGAAGAAGAACGCGGAGCUGGAGGAGCGGUACAGGGACAUGACGGUGCCGAAGCCAGCGUACUGGGGGGGUUACAUCCUGCGUCCAGACGUCAUGGAGUUCUGGCAGGGCCAGACCAACCGCCUGCACGACCGCAUCGUCUUCCGACGCCUGCGGGACGGCUUGGCCCCCCUGGGAGACAUGACGCACCGGGGAGAAGGAGAAUGGGUCUUCGAGCGCUUCUCCCCGUGAGGCCGCCGGCAUCUCCGGCCACGUUCACCCGAUCGGGAGCGUCACCUGUGCCAAACCUGCCUGCCGGUCCCCCGCCGUGCCCCGGGGAACGGGGCUGGCCUCGCUCUGCCCUGCCCCGGGAGCCGCAUGCUGCGCUCUGGGGGUGCUGGCCAGGGGCUCUGCUCCGGCCCCCAAGCCCCUCGUCUCCCUUUGCUUCUCCCUGGGGGGGCGAGAGCCGCAGGCAGGUCCAGGAGACUAUCUGCUUCCCCCCCGCCAGCACGUGGGGAGCGACCGCUCCCGGUGCUGCUGGUGGUUAAUUAAUUAUGUUAAUUAUUGUGGAGGGACCAAGAAAGACCCCGGCGAAGCCCUUGCCCGUGUCCUGUGGCUGCUGCCACUCGUGCCUCGUGUUUUAGCUAGAACCGUGCGAUGUGCUCAGUCUGCGCGAUAACUUAUUGAAUUGUGGCUUUAAUGUCACCGGUCUGUGCAAUAACUUAUUUAAUUGCAGCUUUAAUGUCCCCACCGUGUCACCGGUGUUCGUACCUGGCUGCGUGUGUUGCCACCGACGCGCCCCAUCCCUCCGGGGCUGUGGGACCCCCACCCUCAGCCGCUCCCCGUCCCCCCCCGCCCCAGCUGCCUGUCCAAGCUUGGAAAAAAUAAAACCCGAUCGGUGUGGA